AUGACCUCCACCCACACCGGCUCCAGCUCUGGUCCUUCUCCUCCAGCUUCCCCAGCUACAACAAUGACCUCCACCCACACCGACGACACCACAGGACACCCCGCAGUCGAUAAUUCCCUCGACGACAUCUUCGGUUCCUCCCCACCACCAGAGAGCAGAGAGCACAUCCAGGCCGACAAUACGACAAGUGCCAACGCCACCUCUACCUCAGUCGAGCCAUCGGAUCUCCCUUCUCUUCGCCGCCAACACGUCACAGCGGGGUAUCGCGAUGGAGUGUCAGUGUCAAAGGGCGAGCGUGUCCAAGAUGGGUUCGACGCGGCCUUCCCCGUCGGUGCACAACUGGGUAUGCGAGCUGGCACAGUCCUAGGUAUACUUGAAGGGCUUACGCGCGGCCUCGAAGAACGCAGUGCAUCUGUAGUCAAAAAACCCACAGCGCGGGGUACCACGUCCAGCUCAGCAACUGAGAAUGGUCAAGCGGAGAGCGUGGAAACGCGUCGAGAGAGGAGGGAAAAAGUGCUACGUGUUUACGAGGAUUCUGUGAAGGCACUGGAUUUGCAAGCUUUGUUUACGGGCUUCGAAGCUGCCCCUGCGUCUGGAUCGAGGGUUGAUACUGAUUCAGGCGAGAUUCAACAAAACAUCGAAGCAGGGGAGAAACCUGAGGAGCAGUUGCGUAAGAAGGGAGAUUUGGUGAUUAGCGAGUGGGAAGAAAAAAUUGCUGUGCCGCGGUGGGAGGAGAACAUGGAGGCAUUGGAGAUGAAGGAGAAGGAGAACCAAAGCCAGAGCCAGGGAGACAAGGGCGCUGUAGGUGAGCGGAGCUGA